AGAGCAUUACCCCAUGACCACUCCCCUCCUAGAGACAAUGCUGCCCUCCUGCUACUCUUGGCGCGGAAGGGGUCUGCUCCGGUGCACCAAGGGGAGCCUGUGAAGACUAGUGACCUGAGAGAGAAGCCCAUUCGUAUGAGUGCCCAUCUUGCUGUCAUUGACUCUCUUAUGAUUGUGUACUCAAGCCACUGCUCAGAGUCCUUACCUGCCAAUGAAGAGCCUGGCCUGGCUGGAGUGGAGAGUAAGCUGCUUGCCUGGGUUGAUAAGAUAAACCGCCAACUGUUAGAGGAGGCAGAGAGGGAACAAGGACGGAAACAACUAUCUGCCCCAGAGGGAUCAAACCAGGCUGGGUGCCCCUCCCGCUGGUACUGGAAGCUGGUCCCUGUAAGUGGCUUUUCUUGU